ACAAAUUGGUUUUCCCCAUUUGUUUAACCUAAAAAUAGAAAUGGAUUUUCAAAGUUGUUACUUAAUUUAGAUUAUACGUAAAACGAACGGAGAUAACAUAAUGUGCAUUUACAUCUCAAUUAACUUUAAGAUAACGUGUAUGAAGAUUAGCUAGAAGAAUUCAUAUAAUGUCGGAUUUAUAACAAUAAAACAAGCCUGCUGAACACAAAGAAGUAUUGCAUUUAAAAAGAGAAAUGUAUUUCUGGCUGUCGUACCUAAAGAUAACGACAGAGUAAGAUGACCCCUCGUGCAAUUUAUAUUUAAACUGAAUCAAAAUUUUCAAGUUUAAUGAUGUGAAAAACACGCAUAAAUAAAGUAAACUGAUGUGACAUGUGAAACCGCACGUGGACUUAACGUUUUGGAUUACGAUGGUUGUAUGAUUUCCUGUAAAAAUCAUGGCCACUCCGUUGUAUGAUCCUAAACUAUCAGGAGCCAAAUUUAAGAAUUGGAUUAAGGCUGGAUUAGGUGUGUUAUUAACUAAAGAAGGUAUUGAGCCUUUUGUUUAUGAUGAAAUAGAACAGUUCCAGCAAAAAUGUUUGAGGGACAUUUGCAACAAUAAUGGACUUACUGUUGGUACCACGUGUUCUAGUUGUUGCACAGAAAAUGUCGUCGUUUGCCCCACAAAUAGAAUUUGUAAUGCAAGACGUGGGAAAUGUAACUUCCAUAGAAAUUCUGCCACGCAAUAUCUUCCGUCUGGCUGCCCUAACAAGAUAUGUCAUAAUUUUAAAAACGCGAUACAGCGGGCCCAUCGAUACUACGGUCCAUCCUAUAAAAACUCUGAUGCUGCCCAGUGGUGCAGCAAUCCGUGGGAAGUUGCUAAAUGUUUCAUGCCACCUGACGGAUACACAGAUGCGAUGAAUGCAGCAGACACUGAUUUCAAUGGAAUCACCAGUGUUGUCCUGAACUAUGAAGCAUUUCAAACGAAAAUUCACGACGACCUUUCCAAACCGUACAACAUCUUUGAACAGGGUAGAGAGGUAGGCAGAGCAGUUCGACAUUGCCCACAAUUAGAGAUGGAAGAUACAGAUCUACAACACUAUUUUAGUGUCUUGCAGAAUCUGCUGUCAGAUCGUGCAUAUCUGUCUGCUAAUACUGCUGCGCAGAAUGCUAAAACGAAAUUAUUACAGCUUCAAAAUGAUACCUUAGUCAUUGGAAAAGACGAUGUCCUUGAUGUGCUGGAUGAUGUUCGUAAAACAGUUCAAGAUGCGAAAAGCAAAAAGUUACAACUUAUCCAACUUACAAAAAAGCAUAUCAGUGAUAUUGUCAAACGUGGAAAAGUGUCAAUGUCUCAGUUAGAUAAAGCAUAUAAAUCUGCAAUGGAUGAAAUAGAAAAGCAAGCAAAGAAAUCGAUUGAAGACGUACAAGCUGAAGGAGUAAAACAAAAAGAAGAUAUAGUGUCAGAAGGAUAUACUGUUAAGAGAAAGUUAGUAGAUGCGACUGAUCAAGAAUUUAAAAGGUUGAAAACAGAGGCCACUGCAGUAAUUGCAUCAAGAGCUGGUGAAGUUGCAGAACAAAUAGCGGGAGCCAGAGAUGAAGUGUUAGAGCAGAUUGAGAAGACAAAAACAGAAAGCAAAGAAGAUAUAUACAACAAAUUAAAAAAUGGUAAGUGUAUUUUUUUUGCAUAUUUCAUUAUCUCUCAUGAACAAGUUCAAUCAAACCUAGUCUGCUAUUCUUCUUCUUUGUUGCAUUCUUUGCUUCCAAGGGAUCGUUUUAAAGAUUUGAUUAUACAACAUUUUGUGAGAAACUGGCUGUCUGAUUUUUAUACGCCCGUCUCUGAAAGAGCGGGGGUAUUAUAUGAGCACCAGUGA